CCCAGAGGGACAGAUCCGAUCCGAUUCCCGAUCCGUUCGGUGACUCCACUAGACGCGACCCGACCAGUCCGUGGAAGGAGCGCGCUUCGCCGGCUACGCCACGACACGCGUCUCAGUUGCACGGGCAGCCUCUCAGUUUCGCGCCAAAAGUCGCGGACUCCGAACCACCCGACCCACUCCGCCGUUCGACGACAAGCAGUCCAAGAUGUCGCUGGUCCCGCUGAGCACCGAGCUGGACAACUGGAGGCCCUUCCGGCGGUCGUCCACGUGGGACCUCCUGGACAGGCCCUUCAAGGACGAGUGGCACUGGUACGACCGGCCCUACUGGAACCGGCCUUGGCGCCAGUACGAGGCCGCCCUCAACGGCCUCGCCGAGUUCUCCGAGGACAAGGAGAACUACUUGGUGAACCUGGACGUGGGCCCGUUCCGCCCCAGCGAGGUGAAGGUGAAGGCCGAGAACAACUACCUGACGGUGGAGGGCAAGCACGAGGAGCGGCCCGACGACCGCGUGGGCGGCUACACCAAGCGCCUGUUCGUGCGCCGCUACCACCUGCCCGACCACGUGAACCCGGGCCGCGUCACCGCCAACCUGUCGUCCGACGGCGUGCUCAUGAUCACGGCGCCCAAGUCGUGGUACCGCUCCGGCUUCACGCACGAGCGCGCCGUGCCCAUCACGCAGACCUACCUGCCCGCCCUCAAGUACAAGAGGAAGUGGACCUAGGCGCCUAGACACUGUCAGAGGUUGAGCGCGGCGGCGCGGCGCGCACCAAAGAAUGCGAAACACUCAUUCAAAAUGACGUCAAAAGGAUUGGUCAAAAUUUUGACUGAAAUUAGUCGUGUGGACAUCAAAUGACGUCACAGUGAGCGUUUCGUGUUCUUUGGGGUGACCGGGCUGGGCCGCCAGGCGUAGCUUCGCCUCCACGGCGAGGCACUUCAGGGCGGAGGGAAGGUCCCAGGGGGUGCCCUGCCCCAGCCUCCGGUUGCACCCCGCGAGGUUUCAAUUUGAAACUGCCCUGCCACCGUUCGGCUUUAGUUUGAGUUUUGUUUUGGCGCCGGAGGGGAGGCGGCGUGUCGCGUUCUUGUUCUUCCGUAGCGUAGCGCUAUGCAGCCUUGCCCAGGUAUUCGCCACCCAGGCCUCUGUCGUGUGACUGCACUAGUAGGGGUGAGAGCUUUGUUGUACUUUUCGCUGGUAACAAAUGUGCAGGGAUUGGCCAUCGGCUUAGCCUACUUUCAUCUCCUAAUUUGUCUGCAAUCGUAAUUCGAGAAUGUCCGGGAAAUUGAAAUUGCCUGGGUUGGCUAAGUUGCCUCAGAAUUUGCACUUCUUUUUUUCUCUAGAGGUUUAACACUAUUGGACUUUAGGUGUUCCGUCCAUGUUAACACUAAUGUGGUUGGAUAGAUCUGUACCUUGUACACGUGGACUGAGGUGCGGAUGUUAUUUGUUGGUUCUUUGUUUUUGAAUAAUAAAAAUGCCCUGCACAUUA